AUGGAAGUCAUCAAGGGCUCAUGUGGUACAUGGGGGAAGCCGUUGGAUUCGGAUACCGAAAUCACCGACCUGAAAGACAGCAUCGAACAGGUUGCAGGGCAAACUGGCGUUGACUCCCGAUUUAUUCUCGCAAUCGUGCUACAAGAGAGCAACGGCUGUGUCAGAGUCCCAACCACGGACAAUGGCGUGACCAACCCCGGUCUGAUGCAAAGCCACGAUGGCUCGGGCUCAUGCAACAACGGCAAUACAGUCUUGAACCCAUGCCCGAAGUCCCAAAUCUACCAAAUGAUCUACGAUGGCACUGCGGGAACAUCCAGCGGUGACGGUCUCAAGCAGUGUCUCGCACAGGCGACGGGCAGUGGAGCAACUCAAUAUUACCAGGCUGCUCGCAUUUAUAACUCGGGAUCUCUGGCUGCGUCAGGAAACCUAGGCCAGGGGGUGCAACGGCCUGUUAUCACAAGCUCUCCUGCACCGUCGCCCACCGAGACCGUCCCGGCCACAUCGCCCACAGAGACUGUCCCGGCCACAUCGCCCACCGAGACUCCAAGCCCAACAACGACCAACCCCGAUCCUUCUACAGGGAGCAGUGCACCGGCUGCAUCUGUGUAUCCCUACGCCGCAUCCCCCUGCCAGAAGUACCACACGGUACAGUCUGGCGAUUAUUGUGAUAAGGUUGCAACAGACGUCGGCAUAACUUUCUCUCAACUUCGUCAGUGGAAUUCUGGCUUGGAUGCAGAAUGCUCGAAUCUCUGGCUUGGAUACCAAUAUUGCGUGUUGGCUUAA